UAGACUUAGAUCUAGACUACUUUAGUACUUAGAGUUUAGAAGUAUAGAUAGUACUGAUAGUAGAUUGAUACUAGAGUCUAGGGCAGGUCUAAUCACUAAUCAAGUAGCAGAUCCAUGUCCAUGUAGAAAAAUGCGAAUAACAGUCUUUCAAAAUGGUACAAAUAGUAAUGGAAAGGUGUUAGCUGUUGGAAGCUGUUUGGAAACAUUGUUUGCAGACAUCAGACGUAAACUUAGUUUGAAUGUGACCAUAUUAUAUAAUCAUCUAGGUGGUGAAAUUGAUGAUAUUACUUUAAUAAGAGAUGAUGAUGUGCUGUAUGCUUCUGAGGGAGAACCCUUCACUUAUAUCAGUAGAGUGUAUGUGCCUAGGAGCAAUAUCCUUGAGAAAGAAUCAAAUGUAGUUCCACGAGCAGGCUCGGACUGGAUCAGAAUUAAUAUAGGAGGAAAACUUUUUACAACUACCAGAAGUACUUUGACAAGAACUGAUGGUGACAGUAUGCUGGCAAGAAUGUUUAGUACUGACAGUGACAUUGAGUGGAAUAGCAAAGUGGAUGAAACAGGCGCUUAUCUGAUUGACCGCAGUCCCCUGUAUUUUGAACCAAUUUUAAAUUAUUUGAGACAUGGACGACUCAUUUUAGAUAAAUUUGUUAAUCCCGAGGGUGUUUUAGAAGAAGCCAAAUUUUUUGGCCUUUCAUCCUUGAUAGAAAAUUUAGAAGAGCUCAUAGAGCAAGAACAACUUCCAGAUGACAAUACGCCCAUUACAAGGAGAGAUUUGGUGUUACGACUGCUCUCUACACCCACAAAUCAAGAACUGAGAUGUCAGGGUAUGAACUUUACAGGUUCUAACCUCUCCAAACUGGACUUGAGAUAUAUUAAUUUCAAAUAUGCCAUUCUAAAAAAUGCUAAUUUAUCUGGUGCCAACUUGUCUUUCUGUAACUUUGAAAGAGCAGAUUUGUGUAAAGCUACAAUUGAUUCUGCAAAUCUUCUUGGUGUGAAAAUGUUGUGUGCUAACCUUGAAGGCACAUCCAUGAGGGGCUGUUACUUUGAGGAUCCUGCAGGGAGCCGAGCUAAUAUGGAAGGAGCACAUAUGAAAAAUGUGGAUCUGGAAGGCAGUCAUAUGGCUGGAGUUAAUCUUCGAGUAGCUACUUUAAAAAAUGCAAAUUUGCAGAACUGUGAUCUUCGUGGUGCUGUCCUGGCCGGUGCUGAUUUAGAGAACUGUGAUUUGACUGGCUGUGAUCUUCAAGAAGCUAACUUACGUGGAGCUAACUUGAAGGGAGCCACUUUUGAAUUAAUGUUACAUCCACUUCAUAUGGCACAAGCUGUAAGAUGAGAGACUGUGUCAAGAGCUUCAACUGACCAGUAUCUUGGAGGAAACUGGAGGAAACUGAAAUACUCACAGAAUUUUAAUACCACUGACUGUUACUUUUGUGAUAUUGUUCUGUUUCUAUUUUUGCUAAUUUAAUAGGCUAUUUUACUAAAAUCACUUUUUUUUUCAAGCAGAUGGCAUUUUUGUCAUCAAAAUAAAGGGCCAAGAUUUAACAAAUGUACACCUUUUUUUUUAAUAAAAAAAAUAAAUUGUAUUCUAUGUAGUAACACAUUUUUUCCCUGUUGAUAUGAAGAUGAUUUUAAUUAUAACUCCACUCUCAUUCUCAAAUGUCUUCUUUAACUCUGCAGUGUUCAACAGUGUACAAAUAAUAGACAGAUAACCAAUAUCAACAAUCUUAAACAUUUGAACUAUUUGUUUGUCUGCAUUGACACUUUUGGUAACCGGUAGACAUUGUUAAUGCUUUCACAAUAUGAUAUGUUACAUUUUUGGGGGGUUAGUAAUUUAGAAUUGUUUUCCAUUAAAGUAACUAGGUUUCUUGUGUAUUUCAAAUUAGUUUUGCUUAAAAAUAGUGAAAUUAAUUGAAACAUUUUUUUUAAGCAUUUGUUUAUGGAUAUCUCUGCAAUAGAGUUUUAAAAUAUCAGUAAAAUGUUAUAAAUUAAUGAAAUGAAAUUCACAGGUCUAAACUUAAAAAUAUUUAAAGCAAAAAAAACAAACAACACAAUAUCAAACAGAACCCUGAAUACAAAAACUUAAACGAAAAAAAUUAAACAGCAGACAUAGGUCUGUGAACCUAUUGACACCUGCUUAUCUAGAAUAAAUUUAUUUCUUGAAAACAUUCUGGUCUAAAAUAUAAAUAAUGUUUUUACUUGGUAGAUAUUGUUUUAAAUUAUCUUAGAAUUCAUUAAUAUUUAAUACUGACUGAAUUCCAUACAAGCCUUUUCAUAUGCAAUACUCUAAAAAGAUAAUUUGAUGAAAAUAGUGGAAAAAAAAAUAUUAUGAAAACACUGUGUUUUUCUUUAUGUGCAAUAUGUCUUGAUCCAGGGUCAACUAUUUGUUGAUUAACAAAUUUUGGUUGUAAUGUAUCUGUAAAUGUUUAUGAUGUGUACUAGAUAUAGAGUCAAGAGCUAGUCAAGCCCAGACAAAGUUGACAAAACAUUCAUGUUCAUUAAAAUGAAAACAUUGUUAGACAGA